AUGGACAGACGGCGCAUGGCCUCCUCUACCCGCCGCUCCUAUGCCUCCGAGGUUGUGGUACGCUUCCCGGCCCGCCGCCUGGCUCCAGUUGUCCGGCUGUCCCCGAGCAGAAUGCCACCUCCAGUUCCCACCCGGGUUGACUUCUCCGUGGCUGAGGCACUCAAUGCCAGCUUCAAAGAAACACGGUCCAGUGAACGGGCCGAGAUGAUGGAGCUCAACGACCGCUUUGCCAGCUACAUCGAGAAAGUUCGUUUUCUGGAGCAACAGAACAAGGUUCUAGCAGGGGAGCUCAACCAGCUUCGGGGCAAAGAGCCCACCAAGCUUGCCGAUGUCUACCAGGCUGAGUUGCAUCGGCUCCGGUUUCAGCUGGACCAGCUGACUGCAAGCAGUGCCCGGCUAGAGAUUGAGAGGGAUAACCUGUCUGAAGAUCUGGCCACCCUGAGACAGAAGCUCCAGGAUGAAACCAACCUUCGGCUGGAGGCAGAGAACAACCUAACAACUUAUAGACAGGAGGCAGAUGAAGCUGCUCUGGCCCGCCUGGAUCUGGAACGGAAGGUUGAGUCUCUGCAGGAAGAGAUCCGCUUUCUCAGGAAGAUUCAUGAAGAAGAGCUUCGAGAGCUACAGGAGCAACUGUCCCAGCAUCAGGUCCAUGUGGAACUUGACGUGGCCAAACCAGACCUCACUGCUGCCCUGCGUGAGAUCCGAACCCAAUACGAGGCUAUGGCCUCCAGUAACAUGCAGGAGACUGAGGAGUGGUACCGGUCCAAGUUUGCAGACUUGACAGAUGCUGCCGCGCGGAAUGUGGAGUUGCUGCGCCAGGCCAAGCACGAGGCCAAUGAAUACCGUCGGCAGCUGCAGUCACUGACCUGUGACCUGGAGUCCCUUCGUGGCACUAACGAGUCCCUGGAGAGGCAGAUGCGGGAGCUGGAGGAGCGGCAUGCCAGGGAGGCAGCUGGCUACCAGGAAGCACUGGUGAGGCUGGAGGAGGAUGGGCAGAGCCUCAAGGAUGAGAUGGCCCGGCACCUUCAGGAGUACCAGGAGCUGCUCAAUGUCAAGUUGGCCCUAGACAUUGAAAUUGCCACCUACAGGAAACUGCUGGAAGGGGAAGAAAGUCGCAUCACCAUUCCAGUCCAGACAUUCUCCAAUCUGCAGAUCAGAGAGACCAGCCUGGACACCAAGUCUGUGUCAGAGGGGCAUCUCAAGAGGAGCAUUGUCGUAAAGACUGUCGAGAUGCGUGACGGAGAGGUCAUUAAGGAGUCUACGCAGGAGCACAAAGAUGUGUGA